GCGUCGGCAGCUUGGCAGCAUGAGCACGGACGUCACGGGCGUCAUGCGCACCCUCAUCUCCGCCCAGCUACUCCAGCCAGGGCCGCGGAAGCUCUACGUGAGCUACUACCGGAGCAAGGCGUACGCCGACCUCUUGCCCGACGGCGGCAUGCUCUUUGAAGGCCAGCGCUUUGUAAAUCCGUCGGCGGUGGCGGUCGCCAUGAAGCGCUCGCUCAACCCGGGCAUGAAGACGCGGCACGAUCCUGGCUGGGCCUCGCUCUACGCCAGCGAUACAGGCGACUGCCUCAAGGACCUGCGCGACCAGAUCAUCCCCAAGCAUUCUGCCGCCACAUCGACGUCCGCCGCGCGGAGCCGUGCAGCCGAGGUCACGCCCGAUCCGCCCGCCCGCAGCCGCGUCGUCGAGGCGCCGCCGGCCCCACGCGAGCUGUGUGCAAUCUGCUCGCGCGACCGCGGCUCGCUCGACCUCUGCGUCAAGUGCGAAGCUUGCGCCGCCGUCCACCACAAGGCGUGCGUCGACAAGAACAACACGACGACGACAGCAGCAGCGUACUACUGCACAAAGUGCAUCGACCACCACUGCUCGCUGGUGCAAAGCCUUCUGCGCGACCUACGCCAAGUCGUUGUCCAGUACGGUGGUGUGUCCAGCGAGGCGGUCGCGGAUACCGAGCCUGCCGCCAUCGCUGAGACGUCAUCGGUGACCAGCCCGCGCAUCAAGGACGAAGAAGAGACCAAGGAAAUCGAAAUGACAGCCGCGGCCUCGUCCUCGUCGCUCAUGGCGCUCGGCGCCAGCGAUGACGUCGUCGACCUCGACGCCCUUGCCGCCGACGUCCCGCCGGCAACCGCAACGUCGCUGCUGGCGCAGAUCGACGGGAUGCUCAAGCGCCUAAAUGCCAACGACCAGCGCAUGCAGCUGCUGCUCAAUAGCACGGGCGAGGUGCUCGUGCAUCUCGCAUCGCUCGACAUGGCCAAGGCGCUGCACGCCAUCGAUGACGACCUCAAGAAGGUCGCAACCACCUGCACCCGCGACAACGAUGCGAACGCCGAUCACUUUUCGCCCGGCGUCGACGGCCUCGUGCACGUUUUGAACCUGCGACAUGGCAUUCUCUCGGCCCGGUACCACUUUCAGCGCACGGUCACGGCGCUUCAGACGCUGUCGGAGAAGCGACUGCGCUCGUGUGACAUUCGCGAAGCCAAGACGAGCGACGCGUGGCAAAAGGAGCUCCGGAUCUACAACGAGUGGGUCGCCAAGAUGGCGUCGGCCAAAGCCAGUGUCGCUGCGAUCCAGCACGAAAUCGCGCAGAAGAACGCGCUCAUCGACAAUGCAGUCCGCCACCGCAAGACGUUGCGAGCGAUCAGCUUGUCCAAACGCUUCAUUCCUGCGUACCGCGAGUGCACGCAAGGGCUCCAAGGCAACGCCGACUACCUCCUCGUGACGAUCUUAGCCGACAAGCUCAAAGGCCUCGCGCAGUCGAUCAAAAAGUGGGAGUCGAUGGGGGCCCACUACACCGACAUGAAGCGUGUUCUUCUUGCGCGCAAGGACAGCCUGAAGCGGAAACGAGACGAUGACGACGACGACGACGAUGCACUGCUACCGGCGCUCAAGCUCACGAAGCGCGAUGUGACGCUGCCGAGCCCGCCGCUCGCCAAGCUCAUCGACCGCCAAGUGCUCGAGAUGGACACGAACCUCGGCAACAUCGAGUCGCACAAGAAGGACGCCCUCGGAACCCUUGGCGCGAUUGAGAAGGCGCUCGAUGCGCACCAGCACGCAACCGAGUCGCUACCUGAGUGGACUGCGCUCCUUGGCACCGUGCGCGACCUCAUGCGUCGCUGCGAGCCGCCGCGCGAGGAGCCAGCCACACCCGAGGUCGUCGACGAGCCGCAGGCUAUCGAGGACGCCGUUGGGGCAACUCACGACGACGGCGCCGACACAGAAGACGAAGAGACGGAUGACGCCAACCACAGUGCGGCACCGGUCAUAGCGGCCGAGCCGCCCGUCGUGCCAGCCGAGACAGCGGUCGUCAAGACAGAGGCACUGGCCGUCCAAGCAGAGGCGCCGGCCGUCCAAGCCACACCAUUGGCAGACCCCGCGCCGGCGCCCGUCGUCCACAGUUCGAUGCCGUUCAUCAAGCCCGAAGUCCCUGCGUUCGAGCCGCAUUCGGCGGCGACGUAUGCUCCGCAAUGGCCGGCUGCCACGUCUCAGCACAGCGAGCCGUCGGAGUUCGCUCUCAAACAAGAAAUGUUGGCCGCUGUCCCUGCGCCCGCGCACGACAUUAUUGUCAUCGACGACAGCGACUGA